AUGGACGCCAAGGAACUCUCUAGCUACCUGGCCGACUCGCCUCCAACCGUCGUGCGCCUGGAGAUCGCCAAGCACUUCGAGGCCCUGACCGACAGGCAGAAGAGAUAUGCCCACUACAUCAGCAAAGCUUCGUUUGCCGGCCAGCGCAUCACUCUGCGACAGGUGUCCCCGGAGUCUGAGCCCAUCUUUGACUUCAUCAUCUCCCUGCACAAGAGCUGCAAUGGUGACUGGAAGGCUCUCGGCCAGAAGGCCGGCGUCACCGAGGAGGACUUGACCUACUUCCUGCAUUGGGCCGCUCAGUUCCUUGGGAACAGCGGUAAUUACAAGUCAUUCGGUGACAAAAAGUUCAUUCCGAGAUGCAAGGAGAGCGAUGUCGACAAGCUGGCUGCCACGUCGCCCGAGGCUGAGAAGUUCUACAAGGCAACCAAGGGUGGCAUUUUCUCAGCCAGCAGCCCGGGUUUGAUGCACUUGGGCUACCCGGAUGAUGGUCAUCUGACUACCUACUACCCCGACUCUCCAGAUGUCACCAAGGCUGAAGUCGGGGCCGUUGCCGACUUCAUGGAGAAGAAGGGCCUUUUGCCUGAGAACACCAGGCUCAGGAAGACCAAGGACGGAGUCUUCGAGAUUCUCAUCGCAUCCGCUCAAACCAGCAUACCUGGCGAGGGAGGUGACAUCGGAAAGGAAAUCGAAUUCAAAGUGGACGACGGCGCAUUGGCUGGAAAGACCAUCAAGCUCGUUUACGGAGAUCAUGCCAACGAGAUGUCCAUCAUCGCCAAGAACAUCACCAAGGCUGCCGAGAAUUCAGACAACGAUACCCAGAAGAAGAUGCAUCUCGAAUACGCGAAGUCCUUUGACUCCGGCUCCCUGCUGGCUUUCAAGGAUAGCCAGCGGUACUGGAUCAGGGACAAGGGCCCUGACGUGGAGACCAACAUUGGUUUCAUCGAGACAUACCGCGACCCCGCGGGCGUGCGAGGCGAGUGGGAGGGCUUCGCCGCUGUGGUUAACAAGGAGCGGACCCGGGCCUUUGGUGAGCUUGUCAGCUCCGCACCCAAGCUGAUUCCCCUCCUGCCUUGGAGCGCCGAUUUCGAGAAGGACAAGUUCCUUGCCCCCGACUUCACGUCCUUGGAGGUUCUGUCUUUCGCAGGAUCAGGAAUACCAGCUGGAAUCAACAUCCCGAACUACGACGAUAUCAGGCAGUCGGAGGGAUUCAAGAACGUCUCUCUCGGCAAUGUACUCGGCGCCAAAGCUCCCAACGAAAAGAUACCGUUCAUCCGAGCUGAGGACCUCGAGCUGUACCAGAAGUACCGUGACGCUGCCUUUGAGGUCCAGGUUGGUCUGCACGAGCUGACGGGUCACGGAUGCGGCAAGCUACUCCAAGAGACUUCACCCGGGGUCUUCAACUUCGACAAGGAAAACCCUCCAACCAGUCCCCUCACCAACAAGCCCGUCACAUCCUGGUACAAGCCCGGACAGACCUGGGGAUCCGUCUUCGGCGGCCUGGCCGGAGCCUACGAGGAGUGCCGAGCUGAGCUGGUGGCCAUGUACCUGAGCUGCGAAUUCCCCGUGCUCAAGAUCUUUGGUUUCGGCGAUGGCACUGAGAAGAUGGACAGCGAGGCAGGCGACCUGCUGUACGCCUCAUACCUGUCUAUGGCGCGAGCCGGUCUGGCCUCGGUUGAGUUCUGGGAUCCCAAGAGCCAGAAGUGGGGACAGCCUCACUGCCAGGCACGAUUUGCUAUCCUGAAGAGCUUCCUGCAGGCAGGCGAAGACUUCUGCAAGCUGGAGUCCUCGGCCGACGACCUAUCGGACUUGAAGAUCAACCUCAACCGAGACUUGAUCCUCACCAAGGGUCGCAAAGCUGUGGGAGACAUGUUGCAGAAGAUACACAUUUACAAGUCCACCGCCGACGUCGAACACGGCGCCAAGUACUUCGCCGACGAAAUGUCCGCUGUCGGCCUCGACUACUGGGGCACCAAGGUCCGUCAGGUCGUCGUGGCCAACGCGCAGCCCCGCAAGGUCUUUGUCCAGGCCAACACGCACGUCGACGAAGCGACGGGCAAGGUGACAUGCAAGCAGUACGAGCCCACGCUGGAGGGCAUGAUCCAGAGCUGGGUCGAGCGCGAGCAGCAACAGCAAUAG